AUGAGAUCAAAGAUAAUAGGGAUUGGCCAGACUUCUACGAUGAAAAGAGAAGUUAGGUGGGCGGACAUUGAGGAGGAUGACCACAUUUUUCUUGAGGGGACAGAUGAUAUGGUUAAAAAAUCUUCGGUUGGGCGGCAACUGGAACAGUUUGAUGAGCUAGAAAGUGACCAUUCUUUGGAAAUUGAAUCAUCAAAUAUAUUUCUUCCAUUAAUUAAAGGUAAAUGUUCACGUCUAGCUAGGAGACAACAAAAACUUAAUGUUAUAGAUGACGAUAUAGAUAAGAUUCUUAAAGAAUUUGGCCUAGAAGACUCUUUUGUAGAGACUGAAGAGGCCGAGAAAAUUGUAAACAAUAAUGGCAACACCUCUAUCGGCUGCAAAUCUUAUCAACAUAAAGUUUCAGAGGAAUUCGUAGCAAAAAGCAGUGCAAGUGCAUUGUUUGAGAUUAAAAGCCGUAAUAAGCAGAAGAAGAAAAACCCAGCUAAUAAUUGCUAUUAUUAG